AUGCUGUGUCCUAAGAAGCUGCAGCUUCUCUCUUUCGCCCUCCUUUCUCCACACCUGUCCUCCGCCUUCUAUCUUCCCGGUGUCGCGCCAACAUCAUAUGAUCAAGGACAAUCGGUCCCACUCCAGGUUAACCGCCUAACCCCAGCGAUAUCUGAACUUGAUGAGCAGCUUCAUUCUGUUAUCCCCUACGACUAUUACCAUCCGGCUUUCCACUUUUGCCAACCAAAAGAUGGCCCAAAAGACGUUCGGGAGUCGCUAGGCAGCAUAAUAUUUGGAGAUCGCAUCCGCACCUCUCCUUUCGAACUACACAUGGCGAAAAAUGAAACUUGCAAGCCCUUGUGUUCCGAAGUGAAAUUUGACAUUAAGAGCAGCAAAUUCGUUAACCGCCGGAUAUGGCAGCAGUAUAAUAUUAACUGGUUGAUCGACGGACUCCCGGCUGCCCAGAUCAAUAUCGACGACCAAACAGAAACAGAAUUCUAUAGCCCUGGAUUCGCCCUAGGCUCUGUGGACGAUGAUGGCCAGGCAAUCCUUAACAACCACUAUAAUAUUUUAAUCGACUAUCACACAGUUAGCGGCCUAGGGAAGGGAAUUAAAUACCGUGUUGUUGGUGUCCUGGUAGUCCCAGAAUCGCGAAAGAACAACCAAAUUGUUAAUGGACAGGCGGAAUGCAACCAGAAUGGACCUCCAGUCGUUCUCAACGAAGAUGGUGAUACCACAGUUACAUGGACAUACGGUGUGUUCUGGAGAGAAUCAUCCACCGUGUGGGCAACUCGUUGGGACAAAUAUCUUCAUGUCUUCGACCCAAAUGUCCAUUGGUACUCCCUCAUCUACUCCGCUGUAUUUGUCGUGUUGCUUGUCGCGUUAGUGAGCACGAUCUUACUCCGCGCGUUGAAAAAGGACAUUGCGAGAUAUAACAGGUUGGAUAUGAUCACUUUGGACGACCUGAAUGACACCUCCGCGGCUGUUGAGGAUGGAAUUCAAGAAGAUUCUGGAUGGAAGCUGGUCCAUGGGGAUGUUUUCCGCUGUCCAAGGCACCUCCUUCUACUUAGCGUAUUCUUGGGCAAUGGCGCACAACUGUUCGUGAUGACUGGCAUCACAGUCAUUUUUGCGUUGUUCGGAUUACUUUCCCCUGCAAAUCGUGGGUUCUUAGGGACAGUGAUAUUGAUCCUUUAUACUUUCCUCGGGUUUGUCGGUGGUUACGUCGCUGCGAGGGCGUACAAGUCGUUCGGCGGCGAAUCUUGGAAAAAACUCAUAAUUCUCACACCAGUUCUAACCCCUGGACUUGUCUUCUCAGUAUUUUUCUUCUUAAACCUCUUCGUCUGGUUCAAGGGAUCCAGCGGCGCUGUCCCGUUCACAACCAUGCUCAUCACCGUUCUGAUAUGGUUUGUUAUCAGCGUGCCUCUUAGUGUCGCAGGCAGCUGGAUCGGAUUGAAGCAGCCGGCUAUCGAAGGCCCAACCAGAACCAACCAAAUCCCUCGUCAAAUCCCACCAGCGGUUGGCUCCCUCCGCCCCUUGCCGUCAACCCUCAUUACAGGGCUCCUCCCAUUCGCUGCUAUAUUCGUUGAGCUUUACUUCAUCAUGCAUUCCCUUUGGACGAGUAAAAUCUACUAUAUGUUUGGAUUCCUCUUCCUCUGCUACGGUCUCAUGAUCAUUACUUCAGCGGCAACUACAAUUCUUCUCGUGUAUUUCCUCUUAUGCGCUGAGGAUUACCGCUGGCACUGGCGGGCCUUCAUGGGUGCGGGGAUGACCGGCGGAUACGUAUUUUUGAACGCGCUUAUCUUCUGGGCUACACGCGUGAGCUUUGGCGGGUUGACGGGUGCGGUGUUAUAUUUGGGAUAUUCUGCUCUUAUAGCAUUUUUGGUAUUUAUAUUGACUGGCUCCAUUGGUCUAAUUGCGAGCUGGAUAUUUGUCCAGCGCAUCUAUCGGUCUAUCAAGGUUGAUUAA